UAUAAUAUACUGGUUAUCGGCAGCUUUUUGUGCAUUUAUGUUCUUUAUGGGAAAAUGCUUAUGCAAUUAAUCUCAUUGGAUUCAUAUUCUGGUCGCAUUUUCUUGCUAGUAUAGUAUGCAUCAUCAAAUCUUUUAUUCAAAAAACUAGUUUUUACCAAGCAAACAGCAGAAAUGCCAACAAACUCUGAAAGACCUUGCCUGGGGAUAAGGUUUAAGGUCAUUUAGGCUCUUAUAUUAUAUGGUUAUAUGUUAUUUUAACAAACAAUUUAGUCCAAAAAAGUAAUGAAAAUUAACUUAUUUUGAGAUUUUGGGUACUAGUUGAAUCCAUCCUGAUUCUUGAAACAAUUUGUUUAUCAGACUGUGAGGACAUUUUAUUUUUAGAGUUUUUAAGUUAAAUCUUCAUAUCUCUUAAUAUCUCUCACAUUUUUAUUAUUAAUAGUUGUACCAUCUAACUUUAAAAUGAAGUCAAGAUUUAUAUUAAAAUGAACAUCAGUUAACACAAUUACAAACUUCUUAGCAGAUAUUUGAAGUUUGACUGUUUAUCACAAAUCAAACAUAUUUGGGGAGAUAAAUAGUAAUUGUAUAAUCUGCAACUAGUCUUCAUCAUCAUCAUCAUCAUCUUCUUCUUCUUCUUCUUAAUUUAUUGGCGGUUGGCAGACCAGCUUUCAGUGCAUUACCGCCACCAACUGAACUGGAGUGUGGAGCAUCGAUGGGAAAUGAGAAAAAAAACCAAACAAAAAAAACCCUAUAUUCUUAAAUCAAUUCCUGUUUCCUUUAAAAACCUUAAUAUUGCAUAUUGCAUAGGAAUUCGUCCAAUUUUUUUUUGCCAGAAUAUUUUUUAAUGAUAUUGUAUUAUGCUCCAUUUCCUUCAUCUUAUCCUUUAACUCUUGUCUUUUAUUUUUAUAUGCUAUGCAAUUUAUGAGAACGUUCAACUGUUUCUGGUUCAUUACACUUAUUGCACUUCCCUGUAGGAUGUUUAUUGAUUUUAUGUAAACUAUAAUUUAACCCUGUGUGUCCUAUGUGAAGUCUAAAAAUUAAUGAUUCUUUCCUUCUUAAUUUUGAAUUCCAAUAUCCUUUCCCCACUUUUUUUCUGAAUCUGAAACAGGUGUCACCCCUUCAUCUCUCUUUCCCAUCACUUCUGCCAGAUGUCAUGUGCCGCCUUACGAAUACAUGUUUUUGCUUCUGAUUUACUCAUAUCAAUGUGAAUCUCUACAUUUCUGCUUUUAAGUUAGUUCUUUGCCAGAAUAUUUACCACCUCAUUGCCCUCCACCGCUACAUGUGCCGGAACCCAAAGAAAUCUUUUGUCAUUUCCUUUAUUAUUUAGCCUGUAUAAUGACUGUAAAAUUUCAAAUACAAUAUCUUGUCUACCAUCAGAAUGACCAGAUUGUAAACUUUCCAAGGCUGCCAUAGAAUCAGUACAUAACUGCCAUCUCAAUAUUCUUUUCCCCCACCCACUGUAAAGCAAGGAGAAUUGCAACUAAUUCAACAGUGAAUACUGAUAAAUUAUCUGUUGUUCUCUUUUUGAUGGUACUCUGAUAUUUUGAAAUAAUUGCGUACCUAUCUAUCCUAUACUGCAAUUAUUUCCUUGAGUAUGUUCCCAGCACUCAUGAAAUACAUAUCUAGUAGGGUGUGAUUCCUUAUGCCCUUUCAAUGUUACCCAGUAUACACAACUGUUGACAUCUCACUGCUCUCACAAAGGCAUUUCACCCACUUCCACUUGCAGCGCUGCAGCUGGGGAUGUUUUAAACGCCCCACAACAUAUUCUAAGUGCCUGAGUUUGUACUGCAUCAAUUUUCUUUAAAAGUGUUUCACAUGCUGACCCAUAUGCUAUGCAACCAUAGUCUACUGCAGAUCUUAUAAGGGCACAAUAUAUGUUUCUAAGUGAGUUAAAGCUUGCACCCCACUCACAACCUCUGCAACUAGUCUUUGAAGGUUAGAUAGUUUAAUAGGGAUUGGUUUCCGCCAGUAGAGGGCGCUCGUGCAUCCGAAGCAAUAACACACAUCCGAGUCUAGGAGAAGAAGAGAAGUGAGCGAGGGAAGGGAACAUAAACAUUAGAAGUGAAACACAGCCGUUCAUUCUGAUCUAAAUCUGCUGUUUUUCAGACUGAGAAGAAGCAGUAGCAAUCAGGAGGAAUUACUCCAGGAGAAACUACUGACAUACUAUUGUAAAGAUGGAGUUUAAGGAAGAACCCUGCAGAAUAAAAGAAGAAGAUACAGAGGAACAAAUAGACCUGAUGGAAGUAAAUGAAGACAAACAUAAUUUCACAAAUGAAGAUGGAAAACUAACUUUUAAAAAUGAAGACGAACAACAUCUGUUUCAAAAACCUCAUCAUUUCAAAAAUGAAGAUGGAAAUGCAGCCGUUUCAAAGACUGAAGAGAAUUUCACACAAAAACAAUCUGGAGAAUCUGGAAUCAAAGGAUCUUUAACCUGCUCUGAGUGUGGAAAGAGUUACACAUAUAAAUCACGCCUUGACAGACACAUGAGAAUUCACACUGGAGAAAAACCGUUCACCUGCUCUGAGUGUGGAAAGAGUUACAAACAUGAAGCACACCUUAAAGUACACAUGAGAUCUCACACUGGAGAGAGGCCUUAUACAUGCGCUCAGUGUGGAAAGAGUUUCAGUCGCAAAGAGGACUUAAAUGUGCAUGCGAGAGUUCACAAUGGAGAAACACCAUUCAUAUGCUCUGAGUGUGGAAAGAUUUUCACAUAUAAAUCACACUUUAACAGACACAUGAGAAUUCACACUGGAGAAAAACCUUUCACCUGCUCUAAGUGUGGAAAGAGUUUCAAACAUGAAGCACACCUUAAGGUACACAUGAUAAUUCACACUGAAGAGAGGCCUUAUACAUGUGCUGAGUGUGGAAAGAGUUUUUGUCGCAAAGAGGACUUACAUGUACAUUCGAGAAAUCACAAUGGAGAAAAACCGUUCACAUGCUCUGAGUGUGGAAAGAGUUACACGACUAAGUCAGAGCUUAACAGACACACAAGAAUUCACACUGGAGAAAAAAUGUUCACAUGCACUCAAUGUGGAAAGAGUUGCGGACAAAAAUCAAACCUUAUAAGACACAUGAGAAUUCACACUGGAGAGAGGCCUUAUGCGUGCUCUCAGUGUGGAAACAGUUUCACAUCCAAAACCGCUCUCAAUGAUCAUCUGCACUUUCACUCUGGAGUGAAGUCAUUCAGCUGCGAUCAGUGUGAUAAAACAUUUGUUGUGGAAUCAGGCUUAAGAAGACACCUUAGACUCCAUGCUGCUGUGAAGCCUCACAUUUGUAAUUUUUGUGGAAAGUGUUUUACACGACUGCAACAUUUAAAAGAGCAUGAAAGUAUUCAUACUGGUGUAAAACCUUAUAUGUGCUCUGGCUGUGGGAAGACCUUCAUUACAUCAGGUGCAUUAAAAAAACACCAGAGAGUUCAUACUGGAGAGAAGCCGUACAAGUGCUCACAUUGUGGAAAGAGUUUCGCUCUGUCAGGAAACCUGAAAGAUCAUAUGAGAGUUCAUACUGGAGAGAAGCCGCACCAGUGCUCUUCAUGUAGGAAGAGUUUCACCCGAUUAUUUAAUCUAUGGACUCAUAAGAAAAAGUGUUGCCCGAAGUUGUCUGAUUAGCAAAUGUUCAUGUUCAGAUCCAUGACUUACAAAAUAAUACACUAACAAAGUAAAUGUCUUGAUAUUCAGAUUAAUCAAAAGCUGGAUAAUUUGCUAAAAUUAGUAGUGAAGUUUGAUUAAUUUGAUAAUGGAAACCUUUGGGUAAGGUCAAAAUAAUAGUUUAGAAAUCUAGUGUGUUGCUCGGAUGAGGCAGGAUAUUUAUUAAUAUAUCUUUAUGAUUAUGCUCAUCAGAAAGAAGAAGGUCAUAUACACCUAGGAUGGCCACUGACAUAUAGUCCCUUAAGACCAUUACUGACCAGUUAUUUACACGACAGAUUAUGAGUUAAAUUGUGUUGAGCAUUAGGCUAUUUAACACUAAAUCUUCCUUGUGGACAAAAUCUUUUUUUUUUUUUUUUUUUUUUUUUUAUAAAAUUCGUUUCCUAAAUCUGAGUAGUACAAGACUUUUUACUUUUCCUAAGUUUACCACACACACACACACACACACACACACACACACAAAAGGUUAGACUUGAUUCAACAAUGUUAAGUAGUUAGGAAAAAAAUCCUUAAUCUGUCCUUCAUGGACACUAGUGGGUGCCCAUAGGAAAUGAAUGGGUGAGACUAUAAAUUCAGAGCAAUUUUUUUAUUUGUCCAAUAAAAAUCAAUAAAUCCAACACAAUGCUGAUUAUACAUAUACAUAAACGAAGGGGUGAGCCUAUAUAUCAUUCUCAAUGUGGCCCACUGUCUCUCUCUCUCUCUCUCUCUCUCUCUCUCUCUCUCUCUCUCUCUCACACACACACACACACACACACACACACAUAACACAAAGAACAGAAUGAGACAAAAACUGAGCCAAUCAGCCACUGUGCAAAACAAACACAUACACUUCAAAUUUAGGUUAAUGCUGUUAGGUAAUAGGUAUAUUGUUAGGUUUAUUGUACAUCUUUUGUCACCAUUUACUUUUUUUUAGUUUUGUUAGUUUUAUUUAUUCUUACCUGUUUGGUACAAUUUACUAUUUUGAGUUAUUGAAAUUUGAUGUUUAUUGUUAGAAAUAAAUGAUUACUGUCUCUUA